ACUCUCUGCACUGCUACUUCGUGCGGACAGGGGACCCCAAGGUGCCGGUGCUGUACGAGGUGGAGCGGACCCGUACAGGGAAGAGUUUCUCUGUUCGUUCCGUAAAGGCCAUCCAGCACGGACAGCCGAUCUUCACCUGCCAGGCCUCCUUCCAGCUCUCCCAGGGAAGCCCAGUGCAGCACCAGUUCACCAUGCCGACCGUGCCACCCCCCGAGGAGCUUCUGACACAGGAGGAGCUCAUCCAGAAGUUCCUGCAGAAUCCUAAUGUGGCUGAGAGAUACAGGAAGCAUCUCACCAAGAUCCAAGCUCAGGAUGUGCCGAUUGACAUUAAACCUGUGAACCCACCAGAUAUAUUCAGCUCAGAGCCACAAGAGCCGAAGCAGCUCUUCUGGGUGCGAGCACGAGGCUACAUAGGGGAGACUGACAUGAAGGUGCAUUGCUGUGUGGCCGCCUACAUCUCUGACUACGCCUUCCUGGGCACGGCCCUGCUCCCGCAUCGGCAGUACCACGUCAAGUUCAUGGUGUCCCUUGACCAUUCCAUGUGGUUCCAUGCGCCCUUCAGAGCUGACCACUGGAUGCUGUACGAGUGUGAGAGCCCCUGGGCUGGUGGGUGCCGCGGCUUGGUGCAGGGACGGCUGUGGCGCAGGGAUGGGGUCCUGGCUGUCACCUGUGCACAGGAAGGUGUCAUCAGGGUGGAACAGACACCAAACCAGAGCAAGCUCUAGCUGAGGAGACCCUAUAGCUGGGGCUCAGGCAUGCCUAGGGAGGGACCCUGAGAUCAAGAAAGGACCUCGAAAGGAACAGGAAGGAGACCAGGUGGGACCAAGGACUGCAGGAGGUCCUGGUGCCAGAGGUGUUUUCGACAGACUGUGACCAACAGAGCAUCACUGCAACCAGCUGCUAGCUGCACAGCAUAUAACUGCACACUGCCAUCAGCUAUCCUUCACCCACCUUAAAAUAAAGCUGUUGGGUGAAGAGCUGGACUCUG